AUGGAUCAUCGACCUCAUGAAAACACCGAAUCUCAUUCGAAUAUACCGAUACCGACAAACUAUCCAGAACAAUCAGGAUCAGGUUCGGGUUCAAUUUGUGUACCGCCACCACCACCACCUAGACAAGCAUCGGGUGCAGGAUCAGAGCAUUAUCCACCUUUAUAUACUAGAGUACCGGUAGAUUUUCAACUUGGAAGAGAUCAUGUUCAACCUAAUGACGCUGGACCAUCUACUUAUCCCCAUCAACUGGAUUCAAGCUAUUUAUCACAUCCUCAACAACUUCCUAUGGUCUAUUCUGCCAAUCCACCUCAACUUCCUACAAACCCGCAUCAACAUAUCUAUCAUCGAACACCACCCGUUAAUAAGCGUAGGAGAGGAAGGUUGGCUACGGCUUGUGUCAAUUGCAAUCGCCGUAAACAGCGGUGCGACGGUGAAAUUCCGUGUGGUCUGUGCGUGAAGAGGAAUGUUCCAUGUUCCUAUCCUACAGAGAUGAACACCUCUUAUAACGCAGAUGCAGAGAGAGUGAAGCAGUCUGCUACCAUGGUGGCAUCAGGAUUUAAUUCCGCCACUAUCCUCGGUAUCCUCUGCCAUCUAGGCUACAAAGAUUCGCGGUUCCCCAAAGGUUCGUUGAGAUCUAUGAUCCAAGCUUAUAUCGCUCUCGAAGAAAAGACUAUCCGAAGGGAUGAAGCUUUAGAAACUGAAUUGAUGGUUUUGAGAAUGAUGGAAGCUAAAGCUUUAGCGAGGGAAGACAUGGAUUUGAGAAGUGGGAGGACCACUCCUGGUUCUCAUGGUUCAGUCGUUGGGAAUGAAGCUAAAUUGAUGGUCCAGAUCAAGCAAAGUAGAUUCAUGCCUCCACCACCACAAAUACCUAUGGUGGACAAUCAAUCUCGACCUCCUUCAUCGGGAUCUCGCCAACAUCGACUCCAACAUCAACAGUCGAGAGUAGACAUCGCCACCGAUUCAUCGGUAGACAUCAAUGCGUCUAACGAAAUUUGGUCGUCUUCCGCACCUGUCCAUGUUGAAUCUAUGGUAAACUCAGCUCGAGAUCGACCUCAACCUGGAACGGGACAUGGAAUACAUUCUGAGAAUGAGAAUGAUACUCAACAACCAUACGAUCUAAAUUCGCAAUACGACCCAACGAACGUGCCUUUACCGACACCUUUACCACAUUCUUCAUCUACUCCCUCUCUGUCCACUGCACUGGGUUUACCAAAUUACAAUCACAAUCAUACAUAUAACGACAAUCCCGAUCGGAACACACAAGGCGUCGAUAUCCGAACGACACCUAACGAUAACGAAUGGUAUUUACCUUCCGAUUGGGAUCCUACGACAUCCGGCUUACCCGAUUCGUCCGACCCUUCCGCAUGGCAGGCUCUGAUGGGUAUGGAGUGGAUGAAUAACCUUGAUCUAGAUAUGGGUUUGGAUAUGACGGAAGGGGAGAAUACAGGUAGUUUGAUAGCUCGCCUGGGAGAAGGCCAGGGUCAGAAUGGACAGGAUAGGGAUGGACAUGGGCUUUGA